GAACUGCUUCAAGGAAGAACGGGAGAGCAUCAUUUAGCCCUAGGAAUUUUUAACGCUAGUGAUGGAUCCUCCCUGGUGAAUGCAGCGAAGUCGGCUACUACCGAUUUCCCAGAAAUCACGAUGCUUAUCAUCAAAGUUCACAGCGAGAAGUCACCCACCCAAAACCAGGUCCACACCAUCGCGCCUAACCCCGACAGCGCAGUCGUCAGUAAGGGUGGCAUGGUCACGCUGGCGGAUGUCGCGGGCCUUCUGAAUUCCCUGGAAUCCUUCACCAGGCAAGGUCAUUAUCUGAUGCUCUCGUUGGGUCUCUUCGCACGUGGUUAUUGGACCAACAAUGAAACUAUUGGCGUGGCUGUAAAAAGUGUCGUCUUGGACUACCCUUCGGUAUGCAAGUGCGAAGCUGGAGAGUGUGGACGACGCACGGGUGGCGACUUUGACAAAGUGGAUGCGACAGUAUUUGGUUGGGGCCAGAACACGCUGACAUUUUUUGACGACACCAUGCAGAUAAAGAAAAAGGCUCAGUCAAGACUUGACAUACUGCCCAAGAACUACACCGGCAUUGCAGCGUACCACAUUGAGAUGGAUGACUUCGACGGCACAUGCGACGGCCAUAAGUUCGCACGACUAAGUGCUAUCAGAGACCGAAUCGAGCAUGCCAAAACAACGUAGUGAAGCCGUCCUGGAGGCCAUUCACGACAUUUUUGUUCACGUCCGCAGCUGAACUGCAGUGCUUGCGAGGAGCACAAGCCAAAAAAAAAACAAAAAAAAAUGUGUACGGUGAAGGGUUCCGGUCUGUGGGGCUAAGGGUUGAGUAAUUUAGCCUGAAGGCAAUAGUGGCUGUAGUGUGGUGUUAAACACAAAAACUGUGGCGAAGGUAAGCUCAAGGACAACUGCUUGUGUGACGGACCGCGACCAAGAAGCACACUUGCGUGCUUCGUUUUGUUUUUUGUUUUCCUCUUUUUCUCUGUCUUCAUGCAAUAAGAGUGCUCAUUUUCCCUAUUGCUCCAUUCACAUCGACUUUAUCUGCAAUUGGCAAAGCCGUUGUCCUAUGCAUGUUGCUUCAAAUAGGUAUAUUUGAAUAUUAAACUGUGCCACGGUGGUGGCCGUCCAAGCAUUA